CCUCUCCCAUUUCCACUCACCCCAGCCGAUUGUGUUGGCGGUCAAUGUCGUCCACCACUGGUCAGGCAGCUCCUAGUCCUAGCUCGCCCGCUGUGGCAAAUGCAGCUCCUCCGCCGGCGACCACCAUGGAGCCCAAGAUGGACGCCGGGCUGCUAGCAUUAGCAUGUUCUGGCUCUUUCCACGAUCUGUAAUCAUUCCUCGACGGGAAGCCAGCCGCCUACACCAUCGGAAGCUCCGCCACCCAGCCACCUUCUCUGUACGCGGUUACAGUUGAAGGUGACACUCUACUCCAUGUGGUCGCUGCUAGCCAUGGCGACUCUGAGGACUUACUGAACAAAGCCAAUCUCGUCUACAGCAAGGCACCGAGUCUCCUCUUUGUGCAAAACAAUGGGGGAGACACACCCCUGCACUUUGCUGCACGGAUGGGGAAUAUCCCAAUGAUGUCUCUUCUCAUUGAUCUUGCCAAUGGUCAGGGCAUUAACAAUGGUAAAGGGCUGCUGGAGACACAAAACAAGCUCAAAGAGACAGCCUUGCAUGAGGCCGUCCGCAUUGAGAACAAUGAUAUGGUCAACUUGCUCAUGACCCAUGCUCCAGAGUUGGCCACCAUUCCUGCUGAAGGUACUUCGCCAUUGUAUCUUGCCAUCUUAAUGGAAAAUAAAAUCGUCGCCAAAACACUCUACGAGUUGAGCAGUGGGGUUCUUUCAUACUCUGGACCGAAUGGACAAAAUGCGUUGCACAUUGCUGUUCAGCGGAGCCAAGAUCUCACGAAGAUGUUAUUAGAAUGGAACAAUGACCUUACACUACAAGGGGAUGCAAACGGAAGUAUACCUCUCCAAUUCGCCAUUGUAAGAUACAGCCAACCCAUAUGUUUAGAAUUAUUGAAAGUCAAUCCAGAUGCACUGUAUCAACCAGACUCCAAUGGAUCAUUUCCAACACACGUGGCUGCAUCCGUUGGUGCAACAUCGAUCAUCACUGAUUUUCUUAUGAAGUCACCCCAUUGCGCUGGCUUUCUUGAUGCUAGGGGAAGGACAUUUCUUCAUGUUGCUGUUGACAAAAUGAAAAUAGGGAUUGUCGACUAUGCUUGUCAAAACAUAUCGCUGUCAUGGAUUUUGAAUAUGCAAGACAAAGAUGGGAACACUAUACUGCACCUAGCUAUAAGAAAAGGAAGUCUGCAGAUGUUUGGUUCUCUGUUCAGGAAUAGACAAGUACACUUGAACUUGAUGAAUGAGAAAGGGAGAUAUAGCGUGUCAAAAUCUUCCUAAUGGAACACCAUAUAUCAAUGGGGAAAGUGAAGCACAAAUACUUGGGGUACUCAACUAUAUCGGUGCUAAAAGGGGCAUUUCUCUCCAGGGUUUCUUGAGUGAAUAUGAUACUGACCAAGCAAGACAGGAUGAAGUACAUUUCUUGAGUCAAAUGAAAGAGGGGACUCAAAGUCGUUGUAUUUGCUCCGUCCUAAUUGCAACCGUGACGUUUGGUGCAAUGUUCACCAUGCCUGGAGGUUAUAGAGCUGAGGAUCACACUCAUGCAGGGUCACCAAUUCUUGGUGGAACAUUUGGUUUUGGUAUAUUCUUCAUGGCCAACACGCUUGCCUUUGUUUUCUCGAUCACAGCUACAAUUUUUCUCAUGUUUUCUGGAGAUCCAACGGUACCCCUUGGGAUCCGGAAAGUGCUAUUUCGAAGGUCCAUCCCCAUCAUAUUGAUUUCGGUAUUGAGCAUGACGCUUGCCUUCGCAUUUGCUGCAGUUAUCAUGUUAGCUCCAGUUGCUCCUAUGUCUGCAUGUGCAGUACCCCUCAGCAUUAUUCUUGUAAUGGGGUAUAACUGUUGGGAAGUAGCAGUCAGGUAUAUUUCUCUGUUCACAGCACUCUGUAAGAGAAAGGGGAUAUGGUACGGGAUAGUCUGGGCAUCCCCAUUUGCAGCUGUAUUAUUAUCGUCCCUUACCAUUGGUCUACUGUCGGUCUUUGUCCUUCCCCGGAU